CCUCGGCGAGUGAUCCUGUUUAUAGUCCGUAGUCGAUCGAAGGAGUAAGAAGUCUUCGACCCACCCUGCAGGAGAUUGACGGAAGUGUCUGGAGAUGGGUCGAGGGCGCACUCCAUGUUGCGACAAGACAGGGUUGAAGAAGGGCCCAUGGACUCCAGCGGAGGAUAUGAAGCUCAUAGCCUUCAUUCAGAGGCAUGGACAUGAGAACUGGCGUGCCCUCCCUAAACAAGCAGGUUUGCUUCGAUGUGGGAAGAGUUGCCGAUUAAGAUGGACUAAUUACCUUCGACCUGAUAUCAAGCGAGGAAACUUCACCGUGGAAGAAGAGGAAAUCAUAAUCAAGCUACAUGAAUUGUUAGGAAACAAGUGGUCAAAAAUUGCUUCUCAUUUGCCAGGGCGAACUGAUAAUGAGAUUAAGAACGUGUGGAAUACCCAUUUGAAGAAGCGAUUAGUACCAAAGGCACCCAAAAUUCUUGAGGAGUUGGUGGAGAAACAGGGUCCCCCAGUUGAAGUAUCACCAACUGAGUGGAAAAAGGACGUCUUGGACGCUUUAUUAGAUGAUAAAAUUGGCAUUGAAAUUGAGAACAGAAUGGUGCAGGAAGUUGAUCGUUCCAGAGAUGAAUGUCAAAAGUUAUCACCUUCCACUUCAUCGUCUUCCUGUGGUUCUUGUGUCUCAGAUUCAAAUCAAAUUGACGCGUCAGGAAGAGAGGGGCAAGCAUAUCCACAAUCCGAAUCUGGGGGACGACUGUGCGAAACUCAAAGCACAUUACAAGAAGUGAACAAGAAUGAACAAACAGAAGAAAGGCUUGAAAUCCCAUUCGAGCCUAAUUUAGACUUUUGGGAGGUGUUUGACGAUUACCCAUGUUUGUUGACAUCCAGCGUUCCUAUGUGUGGGGUUGAAUCUAACCAACACUCUGAAGGAUGCAAAAAAGAGGUUGAAAGCAUGAGGUGGGUGUCAUACUUGGAAAACGAACUUGGACUACAUGAAACAACUGAGGAAGUAUUUCAGCCACAGGUCUCCAAUUCCUCUUGUGAAGAGAUACUGCUGAAGACGGAAGUUGAUCCAGUCGCUACUUAUUUUCAGAUGUCACCAUCUUCACCAUUGAAUUUUGGUCUUUAGACAAAGUCAGAAAUUGUAGGAUUCAAAGAGCCAAUCAACCCGCGCGUCUGUAUACUAACAAGUAAAAAGUUGGUAGAAUUUUAGUGGGUCAUACUAAAACGUGUUAGUAAUCAUUCAAGUAGGUCUCUUUCAUCAUUUGUGAUCAGGGAAUCUGCUGUAAGUUGGUCUAAAAAUCCAAACUAGAUAAGAAUUGUCACUCACAAAUAGAGUUAAAUUAAAGGGCUAAAUCUAUACUAUAUAUAAA